AUGGCAGCUUCUUCAUUCCAGGUGUGCGUGGUGGUGUGGACUGUGCUGGGAGUCUGCCUAGUGGCCUCAGGCGCAUCACAUCCUCACAGUCUGAAGAAUCCGCGCUUCAUUGCUGUAAGGUGGGGCUCCAGAGUCUCCUUCAACUGCAUUUCCUCUUCGGAGGUCAGUUGGUAUAAGGAGAUGGAGCAGGGUCCAGGUAAGAAGCUGGAGAACAGUUCCAGAGUCCAUGUAAUCAAUAACUCAUCGGUGUCAACGAUCAACAUCGCCAAACUCCAGCAUGCAGACAGUGGCACCUACUUCUGUCGGAGUGAUGAUGAUAAAGAGAAGAUAACAAUGCAGCAGCGCUGCGGCACUGAGCUCAGAAUCAUGGGUAUCAGCACCUAUGAGCAAGUGCAAAAUCGGAACACCAUGAAAGAUACCAUCAUUUUGAUCCAGUCCAUUCUUCUUUUCCUGUUCAUAAGCGUCCCUCUGUUCAUGGUUCUGGGGAAGGGUGAUGGUAAAGAAGCGCCUGGUGAGGACCACACUUAUGAGGGCUUGGCUGUCGAACUGGCCGAUACCUAUGAAGACAUUGGUACCUACCAGGACAAAGCAGAGAAGUGGGACCUUGGGGAGAACCCAUGCGAAGAGUGA